GAAUGAAUUGAUGUAAUAAUAAAUAUGGACUCAAUAUGAGAGUCUAUUGUUGACUAUAAUCGCAGCCAAACAUCAAAAUCUCAUUGAUUUUUGCAUUGAAUGACAACUAUUUGAUUGAAUCAAAUCAGUUAAUCAAAGAAAUCAAUUGUUUUUUUAAAAUUUCAAUUCUUCGGCUUUUUCGGCAAAGUUUACCACAAGAAGUAAUAGUGUUGUGUCCGUUAUGAUGACAACACUUGCAUACGACGGACAUUCAGCCAAACGGAUCAAAACGGCUGAAGAGGACCGCAAUUUUGGACAAAACACGGCUUAUUUUGGACACUCCAAUUCCCGAUACUCUAACCCGAACCGAGAUGACGAUCGCGUGAAUCACGUGCUUCUCAUAACUGUCAUAAACCCGGCUUAUCCUAUAACAUGCGAUGUAAUAAACCAAAUCUGCAGUCCCUCUGGAAAAGUGUUGAGAAUAGUUAUAUUUAAGAAGAAUGGCGUUCAGGCAAUGGUUGAGUUUGAUUGUGUCGAGUCUGCAAAACGGGCCAAACAGGCACUCCAUGGAUGCGAUAUCUACUCCGGAUGUUGUACUCUACGCAUUGAAUACGCAAAGCCGACAAGACUUAAUGUCUAUAAGAAUGAUAACGAGAGUUACGAUUAUACGAAUCCAGCUUUAGGUGAGUGUAAACAACAACAACAACAACAGCAACAACAAUGCGAUAGACCGGCACUUUUGACUGAACCAAAUCCUCAUAUGAUGGGAGACGGAAGGAACCAAAAUUCAAUGGCAGCUCCACAUCCAGGAGCUUAUGGUGCCCCCGAUCAUCACGACGGCUAUCAUCAUGACGGGUACGGUCGUGGACCACCUGCUGCAGCGCAGCCUUAUAUGGGUGAUCCCUAUAUGCAACAAGCGGGUGAUCCGUAUAGAGACGGACGUCAACCACCAGUAUUGGCUACAACACCAGCUCCUGGUUAUGGACCACCACCCGGAGCUGCUCCACUUAUAGGUGGCGGUCCUCCACCACCGGCCGGAGCUCCACAACAGGGCUCUGUUAUGAUGGUCUAUGGCUUAGACGGAGAAAAGAUGAAUUGCGACAGAAUUUUCAAUUUGUUUUGUUUAUUCGGAAAUGUGGUUCGGGUAAAAUUCUUGAAGAGUAAGGAGGGCUGUGCUAUGGUUCAAAUGGGAGAUCCGGUUGCAGUCGAGAGAUGUGUCAAUGCCCUCAAUAAUGUAACAUUUUUUGGCCAUAAAAUGCAAUUGAGUUACUCGAAGCAGGCUUUCCUUAACGAUGUCCAACAACCCUUUGACUUAAACGACACUACGCCGUCAUUCAGGGAUUUUAUGGGAAACAGAAACAAUCGGUUCACUAAUCCUGAGGCCGCCUCUAAAAACCGAAUCUCUCCGCCGGCCAAAGUAUUGCAUUUUUUCAAUGCUCCGCACGGCGUCACCGAAGAUGAUAUUAUGAAUAUCUUUAAGCAAAACUCAACUGCCAUCCCAAGCGGUGUCAAGUUUUUCCAGUCCAAGACCGAAAGAAGUUCUUCGGGUUUGAUUCAGUUUGAAAGUGUUGCCGAAGCCAUGGAAGCACUUGUUCUUUGCAAUCACGUGUCGAUUCCCAAUCCAAGCGGAAAAUUUCCAUUUGUAUUCAAAUUAUGUUUUUCAUCGACUGGUUCGCGGUUUUAAGCAUUUAUUUA